AUAUAAAAACAAUUGUUUAUUCUUAUCCCAUUAACAGCAUUAAAAUACUUCGUCAUAUAUAAGAAGACUGCCAAUAAUUAGCCAAUAAUUAACAAAUCCGACAAAUACUCAGUUUAUUGAAAAUGUGCGGUAAUUUACAAGGCGACGACUGCAUGCUUGCAUUUAGGUCGAAGAUGGUUAUUUUAAGCACAUCUUAAAAGGCAAUCUGAAUACAAAUAGCAACCAGAAUACAAAUAUGACUACAAUUCGGAAACUAAGAUAAAUGUUUAUCAGACACAUUAUUUUAUCAUUAUCUUUGUGUUUUCUGUCCACCAGUGAAGUGAUCCAUACGUUAAAUAGUAAAUACCAUGUAAUGUGAAUUAUAGAUUUUCCACUGAUAAUGACUACGAGAAUAUAGCUUAAAAGAUAUAGAAUUGAAAAUAUUUAAACAAAAAUACAUUAAAAAUAUAUUAUAGAAUAAGAAAAUAAAGUUGCUUAUAAAAAAAUUUGCGUGUGGCAGGAUAUUGUAAAAAUUAUUACACACCAACAUCUGUGUUGGCUCGCAUUGGCGUUACUUCUCUAUUGUUGAUUUACUUAUUAUUCACAAACCCUAGGAUGUAUUUGAAAGUAUAAAAAAGUAACGAUAAAAGUAACGACAAAUUCGUUACCGUUAGUGCAAAAAUGUAACGACGUUAUCGUUACCGUUACAGAGAGAAAAAAGUAACGAUCGUUACUGAAAAAAAGUAACAAAAAUGGUAACGGCGUUACAAGUAAUGCGUUACUUCCCAACCCUGCAAACAAAUAUAUUCAGAAUCUGAAUAUAAAGAAAAUGGUGAAAUAACCAAGAAAUCAAGGAAUCUAAAAGCAAAUAAGAAGAAAUGGACCAAAAAACAAGCACCGUGGGAAAUAUCGCCGAUAAAACAACUAACUCCCAGACAACGAGUUGCAGCCGCACAGAAGAAGGACGCUAAAGGGAGAUUUACGUUUGGGAAAAAAUCUAAUGAACAACUAAUAACAAGGAAAAACCAAGAACAAAUAGAACAAUGUCAUCAGACGCAAAAUAUCGCCCCUUGUUUAGCGAAUUUGACUCACUUAGAUUCUCCUCGCUCGCAAUUGGCAAGGAGAAUGCAGCUGUCAACAAGCAGAUCGUCGGUUGCAUCGGGCGAGUGUUGCAAUCUAAGCAACAGAGAAGCAGAGGACGAAACGGAUGAGCUACAAGUCGAGAGGAUCCGGGAAGCGGAACAGCCGACGGAGGAGAUCGAGGUAACACAAUGGUCUCAAGAUAUUGCGCGAGAGGAGGAGAUUGGCAACUUUGAAGAGAGUCGCCGACUGCCUUUCUCUCUGUUAUCGGUAAAUGGCAUAAUUGCCGAAUUCAAGGAAUUACGCAAAAGAAGUGCAGACGAGCAUUAUGCCGAAGAAUGUGAAGAAAGAAUUAAAAUCUUAAAAGGACUUUUGAGGAGAAUACCGAAAAUUUGCGAAGAGAAUCGACGCGAAUUCGAACGUGAAGAACACGAACGUGCAUCAAAAGUAGCACAGGCUGUACAUCAUUUUCAUAAAAUUUCAUCAAAAGAAUUAUAUGUGUGCGAUAAGUUUAUGGUUCGCGACAAAAGUGGAUCCGAAAUAUGUGAAGUGUCGUUAACUAUGGCGACGCACAAUAAAAUUCCAGCGGACAGCAAAAUGGAAAAAGAAUAUAAGAUCACACUUGACGUAACGGAUAAUGGUGUAAUCCGACAAGUUAGAGUAAAGGAAUGUCAAGUAAUUAGAGGAAAAAUUAUCACUCCUAUAAGCGACUGUGAUCUACCGUCAACAUCCGGAAUACAGCAAAAAAGAAGAAAGUGCGAGACAUCACCUGUUAAGUUAACGGAUCAGAGAGAAAACAAAAAAAAAAUAAAUCCGUUGAUUGAACGGGAUCCACGGAUUAAAGCGACGAAACAAAGAACGAAAACACCAAAGAAACUUUUUUCAUCAGAAUAUGCUCAAGACCAGAACAACAUUUUAUCUUCAAUUGAAAACAAACCUGGGGAAUCGAGCAUGUUUACCGAGAGGUCGGAUCAGGAAUUGGACUUGGCCCGAGAGAUGACGGACGAGAUCACCGAUUGUCAUUUUCAUACAGCCACGCAAUUAGGAUGCGAGGAGGGAAUCGCGGAGGCCGAUGCGGGAGACAACCUACCGGAUUCGGGGACGGAUAAGGAAGAAGGUAUCCCGUGACCAAAGGAUGAUAGGAAGAAGAAAAAGAAGGGUCAAGGAUAAUAAUAUAUAAUCUUACUAUGUAUCCGGAAAAAUAUAUAUAAACAUUAUUAUUAUAAAUUAUAUUAACGUAGAUUAUAUUCCUGCUACGUAAUAGAAAAAUAAGUACAAAUAACCGCUAGUAAAUGCGGAAUAACCGUAUGAGAGAGUUGAUCAAGUAUUUACGGUCAAAAACUUUGUUUAUUAUUAUUAUUAAAGUAUUAACGGGCAAAGAAA